AUUUUAUCUCUACUCCGAGUAAAGCCAAAAAAAGAUUAAACUGGUUUAGGCACUUUAACAGUAAAAGUCAAGGUCAUCAUGUUGCCAAACAGCAGCAAUAUGUUACGCCUAAACGGUAAAAGAUGGCUUUCACAACAAUCAACUUCGAUGCUGACAGCGAGCAGAUCUUUGCAUAGUACAACUUUGCGUGCUGCAAGACCACCUCCAGGUGAUUUGAACAGAACAAGCAGAAUUAUCACAAGACCCAAGGAUCAAGGUGCAUCUCAAGCAAUGCUGUAUGCAACAGAAGGUAUCGAAUCAGAUGAAGAUUUACAACGUGCAAUGGUAGGUGUUGCCAGCAUUUGGUAUGAAGGAAAUCCAUGCAAUGCACAUCUUUUGGAAUUGGGUAAACGUGUAAAGAAAAGUUUACAUGCUGCCGGCUUAACAGGUUACCAAUUCGGUGCUGUUGGUGUAUCCGAUGGUAUCAGUAUGGGAACUGAAGCAAUGUCAUACAGUCUUCCAUCUCGUGAUUUGAUCGCAGAUUCCGUAGAAAGCGCUGCAGGCGGACAUUGGCUCGAUGGUAUCGUUGCCGUUCCUGGCUGUGAUAAGAACAUGCCUGGUGUCUUGAUGGCACUUGGACGAUUGAACAGACCAGGUCUCAUGGUAUAUGGAGGCACAAUCCGUCCUGGUCAAUGCGACACCGUUCCAGGUCCUUUGGAUAUCGUCAGCGCUUUCCAAUCUUAUGGUCAAUAUCUAUCAGAAGGUGGUACACCCGAUGCUGAACGUAAACGAUACAAUACUGUACGUAACUGCUGUCCAGGAGUGGGAGCAUGUGGUGGAAUGUACACUGCAAACACAAUGGCAACAUGUGCCGAAACAAUGGGAAUGACAAUUCCAGGAAGUAGUUCUUUCCCUGCCGAAUAUGGAGAAAAAGGAGCCGAAUGCGAUUCAGUUGGUGAUGUAAUGCGAAAUUUAUUGGAGAAGAACAUCAAACCUAGAGAUAUCAUGACACGUCAAGCGUUCUUGGAUGCUAUCUCCGUCACAAUGAUCUUGGGAGGAUCAACAAAUGCAGUUUUGCAUUUGAUCGCAAUGGCACACAGUGUUGAUGUCAGUAUCACCUUGGACGAUUUCCAAACGAUCAGUGACAAGACACCAUUCAUUGCUGAUUUGAAACCGAGUGGAAAGUACGUAAUGGAAGAUGUUUACAAAGAAUUAGGAGGAAUGCCAACGAUCUUGCAAUAUUUGAUCGAAAACAAGAUUAUUGCAGGUGAUCGUAUUACCGUUACAGGAAAGACAUUAGCCGAAAAUUGCGAUCGUUGGACCCAUGAACGUGGAAAGCUGCCCGCCGGCCAAGAUGUUUUGAAACCUUUGGACAAACCAAUCAAAGCAACAGGACAUAUUCGUAUCUUACGUGGUAAUCUUGCUCCUGAAGGUUCAGUUGCCAAAAUUACAGGAAAAGAAGGUUUGCAAUUCCGCGGAAAAGCACGCGUCUUCGAUACGGAAGAUCAACUUGUCGCCGCAGUGGAGAAUAAAGAAAUCAAGAAAGGUGAAAAGACUGUAAUGGUUUUACGCUACAAAGGACCUGUUGGAGGUAUAGGAAUGCCAGAGAUGCUGAAACCGACGUCUCUGAUCAUGGGAGCGGGACUUGGAAACGACGUCGCUUGUGUCACAGAUGGUAGAUUCAGUGGGGGUUCUCACGGUUUCGUGAUCGGCCACGUAACUCCGGAAGCUCAAGUAGGCGGACCGAUUGGAUUGGUUCGUGAUGGAGAUGUGAUCAAUAUCGAUGCCGAAUUGAACACGAUUGAUAUUGUUGACAUUACAGAAGCUGAAUUGGAAAAACGACGUGCAGAAUGGAAGCCACUACCGCUCAAAGCAAAAGCCGGACAUUUGUUCAAAUACGCAAAGAACGUUAGCGAUGCCAGUAAAGGUUGUGUGACUGAUCUGUAAUUUUUGUUGUUAAAAAUCGAAUCGAAUUUCAAUCAUAUUAUAUAUCUC